AUGGACAAGCGAAAUUGCAGAUCGCAAAAUCCAUCUAACAAUAAUGCGAAAUCGGGAGAUGUCCUAGUUCUGAACAGAAGCUCCCUCGAAUAUGUACUAAGAUCGGGUUUGGCUGGAGGUAUUUCUGGUUCCUGUGCAAAAACGUUAAUUGCUCCACUUGAUAGAAUAAAAAUUUUGUUUCAAACCUCUAAUCCUCACUAUACUAAAUAUUCAGGGUCUUUGGUGGGACUAAUAGAGGCGGCAAGGCAUAUAGGGAUAAAUGAUGGUAUUAGAGGUUUUUAUCAAGGGCAUUCUAUGACUCUUAUCAGAAUUUUUCCUUAUGCAUCAGUCAAAUUCGUGGCCUACGAACAGAUAAGAAGUAUUCUAAUUCCUUCAAAUAAUUACGAGACACAUAUAAGGCGAUUGUUAAGCGGUUCGUUGGCAGGUCUUUGUAGUAUAUUUAUGACAUAUCCACUUGAUUUGAUUCGUGUAAGGUUAGCAUAUAUCACCGAGCAUAAGAGGGUAAAAUUAGCGCAUAUUGUUGGAACUAUAUAUUCGGAACCUGCCUCUAGCACCCUCACAUCAAAAUCUUUUAUUCCCCUGUGGUUUUCACAUUGGUGCAACUUUUAUCGUGGAUUUGUACCUACCAUUUUAGGUAUGAUACCGUAUGCAGGUGUCUCCUUUUUUGCACAUGAUCUUUUGCAUGAUAUAUUGAAGCAGAGUUCUCUCGCUCCUUAUACAGUACUUCCUCUUUCUCAAAAAGAGAGGGCCCUAAUUAUGAAGAAGAAACAAAGACAACCACUAAAGACGUGGGCAGAAUUACUCGCUGGUGGCCUCUCUGGGAUGGCAGCACAGACAGCAUCAUAUCCCUUCGAGAUCAUCAGAAGAAGAUUACAGGUUAGUACUCUAUCACCACGCAACAUGUAUAAGCAUCAAUUCGAAGGCAUUUCCAGUAUCGCCAACAUAAUUUACUCCGAAAGGGGGUGGAGAGGUUUUUUUGUAGGUUUGAGCAUCGGUUAUAUUAAGGUGACACCAAUGGUCGCCUGUAGUUUUCUCGUCUAUGAAAGAAUGAAAUGGUACCUAGGCAUUUGA